AUCAGCACAAUAGAAACGCUAUUCGCGACAUCACCCCUUCUAUUGUCAUCCUCGCACAAUAGCAGUCGCGAAGAUGGCAGACGAUAAGAAUAAGCCUCCGAGCUUCGCCUUUGGCAAGACCUCCUCCACUCCUGGAAACCUGUUUGGCAGCACGAACACAAGCACAUCAGGCGCAACACCAUUCGGUAGCACAACGCAAACAACAUCGUCGGGCGGCGGACUAUUUGGAGGCGGCGCAUCGAACACAGGCGGCACCUCUCUCUUUGGCAACGCGAAUAGCGCCAGCGGCUCGAGCACACCAACACUCUUCGGCGCGCAAACGCAGCAGACAUCAGCACAAUCCACGGGCGGCACGCCAGCAACAUCAGGAGGCGGCAGUAUGGUACAUCCGGGCAGUGUGCUGUUUGGCGCUGCCACGGCGAAGAAGACAGAACCUGGCAGCAAUCCAUUCGGUCAGCCCUCGAGCCAAAGCGGCAGCAGCACACCUACUGCCAACAAGCCGGGGGGUCUUUUCGGUGGUGGCACGACUGGCAGCUUCGGCGCGUCAACGACACCGGCUGGCGAACCCAAACAGACAACGAGCCUUUUUGGUGCUCAAAGCGCGGCCUCUACUGGCGGCGGUGGAAACCUUUUUGGCGCAAAACCUGCGAGCGGAGGACUGUUCGGCAAUACACAGAGCAACACGUCAAACACUGCCCCAAGCACAGGCAAUCUCUUUGGAGGUGGACAGCAGCAAUCUGGCGCUAGUACUCCAGCGAGCACGGGUGGCAGCACACUCUUCGGCAAGCCUGCCACUGCAGCACCCUCAGCGCCGUCCAGCGGGCUGUUUGGCUCCGCUACCGCUCAACAAAGCUCAUCUGGCGGGUUGAGCUUCCCUUCCGCCGGCGGCAGCAUGCUUUCGGGCGCCAACAACAACACAGCGAAGCCUCUAUUCGGCGCAGUAACCACAACUUCAGGGACGUCGGGUUCAGGUAGUAGCGCAACCACAGCUCCUGCUACAGGAAACCUCUUCGGUGCAGGAUCUGCCAAUACAACCACUGCUUCAGCCACGCCAGCGACGACUACCACCGCGCCAAGCAGUUUCUUUCCAUCAUCCACAGCUACCUCACAACAGACCGGAUCCACGCCUGGAGGCGGUGGCCUUUUUGGAGCUAAGCCCGCCGCAGCAAGCAGCAAUACAUCUGGCGCUACCCCAAAUCUCUUCGGCAACACUCAAUCUACCAGCAACGCACCGGCUUCAACUACGCCUGCACUUUCACUGGGCGGCCUAGGUGGCAACAAGACGACCACUGCUGCUCCGUCCUCGGGAGCCCCUGCUCCAUCUGGAGGUCUCUUCGGCAGCGGACCAGCUGCUGCUAAGCCUGCGUCGAGCGGCAAUCUGUUCAGUGGGGCGAGCACUUCAACAUCACAGCCCGCGACAACUUCCACUGCGGGAACUACAGGCGGUCUUCUUGGAGGUGGCGGCGCUACAACCACAUCGGGCUCCUCUGGUGGUCUGUUUGGUGCUAGCACAGCAGCAACAUCUUCAGCCCCGACAUCGUCAGCUACUGCCGCUUCAAACACUGCUGCAGCUACAGCUGGCAGCGGCACAACAAGUGGCGCACCUGCUAGCGCUGCGGGCGCUGUUCCCAGCGGAGGCUCGCGCCUCGCACACAAGUCUCUCGAUGAAGUUCUGACUAUGUGGUCUACAUCGCUCACUCAACAUCAAAAGACAUUCCAGAAUCUCGCUCAGCGCGUGAGUGCCUGGGAUCGUCAGCUCGUGGAGAACAGUACAAAGAUCAGCACGUUAUAUGGUCGCUGCUUCCAGGCUGAGCGUGACUGCAGCGAGGUCGAGCGUCAAUUGACCAACGUCGAGCAUACUCAACACGAGAUCGAACACUUCCUCGACAAGUACGAAGAUGAAGUCGACAAGAUGAUGCAGAACUCUGGCAUUGGUGAGGAUGGGAUUGGUGGCGUUGAUGCUGAGCGUGAACGCACAUACAAGACUGCUGAGAACUGCGCCGGUCGUCUGGGUGAUCUUCAGAACAGCUUGACUGAUAUGGUUGACGAAAUCAACGCCACUUCUGGCAAGCUCACGAACAACAAAUCUCUGAGCGACGAUGGUCCAAACGGGGACCCUCUGAGACAGAUCGUGAGCAUCCUCAACAGCCAUCUCGUGCAACUUCAGAAGAUUGGCACGGGCGCGCAAGAUCUACAGAACAAGGUCUCUUCGGCACAACGCGAGGCUCGCACCCUCAACAACAGUCAUGGUUUGAAUGGAGGCAGGCAAUGGGUUGAGGACUUCGGCGCAAGCUAUUUGGGACGUCGGUAAAGAGUGCUUCAGGAACGAAGAGGUGGCGGAUUCUUGAAAAUUGCAUACAACGGCGCAAAGGACUUCUUUGCAACAAUGGGGACGACACAGCAUCGUCUGGAUACCAUCAAGUCAGGUAGAAUUGUACCAUAGCAGGCUUGUCGCCACAAGGCAGAUUGCAGAAUACCAGGGGUCAGCAGGC